UCUGUCAACAGGAGCGAAGUAUUGUCCACAGUGAUAUCUAUAGAUCAUUGAAUUUCAAAGAGAACGCAAAGCGCGAGAAAUGUCAUGAAAGCGAUGAAAUCCGUAAAAGAAUGCUAAGUGAUCGAAAACGUUUAUUACAUUGUAGAAAAUUGUAACGUACAUGUAACAUUCGUUAUUUAACACAUCUCUAUAAGAGUGUGACGUUUACCAAAAUGGCACUACAAGAAGAUGAAAACACCUGGAUUCUGGAGCUGGAAGCAGCUCUUCUCGAUACUGAACCACCAUCUGCAUCCGAUAUAUAUGCAAUUUGCAAGGGACAAUCGGUUCCUACGAAUUUAAGGUCUGAUGUAUGGCAGGCCUGUUUAGAUGUUAUGGAUCGGGGUAAUCAAUUAAAUAAUUUUAAUGAAGUCUUUGAUUUACCUGAACAGAAUAUUAUUCGUGAUGAUUGUCAACAAUUAGUUGCAAAGUUAGGAAAUGAUGACGAAGAUAAAGUUUCCGUUGUUUCUGAUUUAGAGUCUAUUUUAACAUUUUAUUGUAAAAGUAAAGAGAAAGAAUAUAAAAGAGGAAAUGGAUGGAUAGAGUUGCUGGGUCCUUUAAUAGCUUUAAAACUUCCGCGUAGUGAAACAUAUAAUUUAUUUGAAGCGAUAAUAGAUAUUUAUAUUCCUAGAGGUGAAACAUACAGUUCUGUACUAAGAUUACUAUUACUUUACCAUGAACCAGAAUUAUGUUCUUUUUUGGAUACAAAAAGAGUAUCUCCUGAUCAAUAUACAAAAGGAUGGGUGACUACUCUUUUCGCUGGCGUUUGUUCGCUACCGGCUGUUUGCACGAUGUGGGAUUUAUACUUUAUGCAAGUCGACCCGUUUUUUAUGUUAUUUCUGUCGCUUAUCAUGGUAAUAAAUGCUAGGGAGCAAAUUUUAAGUAUGAAAGAUAAUGAUAAGCAGAGUAUAAUCGAUGCAAUAGCUGCUAUGCCUUCGGCCGUGGAAGCAGAAGACGUAACAGAUUUUUGCUCAUUAGCACAAUAUUAUGCAAUGAAGACACCGUCGUCUUUUAAACAGGACUUAGAUCCUAUUAUGUUCGGGGAGAGUUUUGACGAAAAAUAUAUAUCGCAUGCGCUCUGUUUGCCUGUAUCAGCUCAAGAAUUGGUUGAAAAUUCUAUUGAAACUCCAUCCGCAUCUAGCACUUCCGUUGAAUCGGUUAGAUUUUUUCUAGUGGAUUGUAGACCAGCGGAGCAGUACAAUGCAGGACAUCUGCCCACUGCAUUUCAUCUAGAUUGUAAUUUAAUGCUUCAAGAACCUGCUGCUUUUGCUACAGCGGUGCAAGGAUUGUUGCAGGCACAACGACAAGCACUAGCUGUUGGAUCACAAGCCGGGGGUGAACAUCUUUGUUUCUUAGGAAGUGGUAGGCAAGAAGAAGAUCGUUAUACACAUAUGGUGGUUGCAUCGUUUUUACAAAAGCAUACCCAAUAUGUUAGCAUGGUUACGGCGGGAUAUCAAGCUAUACACGAAUAUUUCGGCGAUGAGGUUGUUUCUAGUCUCGUUGAUCAUAAUUCACAACAUUGUUUAGUAUGCAAUGCUAAUAUAUCUGAAACAAAUUCUAACGAAACAAGUCCUGCUAAAGUCAAGAAUAAUAAUUCCGACUUCUUGGGAAAGAUUAAGAAAGUGAAAGGAAAGUUAUUUGAUUAUAUUGUUAAUCCAUCAGCAAGUGUUCAUAAUAACGUGGAUAAUAGAAAUGGCAAAGACUUAGAAUACGUUAAACGGCAAAAGAAAAUGGGCCCUGUAUUUAGCAUAGACGACGAUCAGGAAUUAGAUAUGACAAUGACAAAUAAUGAAAGCGAAGAACCCAUUGAAGUAGUAUCUAUUCAACAUUGGAUGAAGGAUCCAAAGUUAUUACAUUCCUUUAAAUGUCAAGAAGUGAAAGUUAACGGAGAUCUCUGUGAUAGUGUACUUUUGGUUACCGAUACUCACCUCGUGGUGCUCCGGGAAAUACCAGAAAGGAAAGGCGCGGCACAUGUAAUUGUCAAACGUCCAUUAACAAGUAUUGUUAAAAUAACAUCUAAGAAGCAACAGUCGGAUUUGAUCACGUUUAAAUACGGUACAACACAAUAUUACGAUACAGUAAUUUCAGAUAUGGAUAAAUUUCUUAUUCCUAAUGCAAGCGAGGCUACUAAAUUGAUCACUCAACAGAUUUUGAAACAAUUAAAAACAUUAAAUUCAUCUUAAUAAGCUUUAUAAUAUGUACAAUGGUUUAGGUACGAUGUGUACAGAUGCGAUAAGAUUGAAUUUAUUUUAGAAAAAGUAUUCUAAAGCAAAUGUAAGAACGAACAUUUUUAUUCAUUUGAUUGUUUAUAAUGUCCUUAAUUAAAUGGUACUACAAAUACAACGUGUAAUGUUAAGAUAAUUACAGAGAAUAGUCUAUAGAAGAACAAAUUUAAAAGUAACUCGAGCGUUUUAUAUAUAAAACUGAUUCACAUGAUGUCAUUAAUAAUAAUAUAGCCAAACAUGAUUUGUAGCUGUAUUUAACAAUUUUGGUAAUUUUAUUAAGCCGUUACUUUCAUAAAUUAUAUUUACGCUUGCGGUUUUUCAUGCACUUUUUACAGUUUUUAAAAACGUACAAUUUCUAUGAAAAGCAUUUUUAGCAUUUCUUUUAUCCAAUAAUGUCAUAAUAAGCGUUAAUAAUUCUGAGGUAAGUUUUUCUUUCACAUGUGGCUAAACGGUGGCCUUACAAUAAAAAGAAUAGGAAAGGUAAUGGACUCUGCAAAUUAUUCAUUGAUAUGAAUAUAUAUGAUGGAAUGUAAUGUGCCAUGGGAUAAGGAUAUUGCUGAUUUCUCUAUAUAAAUAUGAUUCAUAACGUGGUGUCGAUAUGUAUGAACAUUAAAAAUUCAUUCUUUUUUUGACGGGAUGCAUAAAAACUUCGAAUCACACGCUAUCACAGCAUUUUCGGGAUUCAUUAAUAUGUAAUAUUUAUACUUCAUAACGAACUGAUAAUUGGUCCUAAUGUAAUAUGAUUCGAGAAAUAUUAUAUACAUAUAUAAAUGAUUACAGACUUGCAUUUUAUAGUAUAUAGUAUUGCAAUACAUGUCUUUAUAAAAUAUUUACAAAAGGUACAAAAUAUAUUGAAAAAUAAACAAUAUCAUCAUUUUGCUGGCAUACCUAUUACACUGCCUGAUUCUAUUUCGAAGAAUUUUAAAAAUUUACGAUUUACGAUCUUUCAAAAAUAUGUGUAUAAUUCAUACAAAAAUCUGUCGUAUUAAAAAUAUCCCUGUCUUUUUCUGAUAUAUAUAUAUUUAAACAAUCACAUGGUACAAUUCUUUUUCUAUUAAUUACUAGAAAUAUACUAGUACUAGCAAAUUAAAAAAAUUGAUGUCAUAAGUUCUUGUGCACAUUGUUGCACUGCCUUUUUGUAUUUUCAGGCAAUACUGUUUGCAAUAAUAGUUAAUUUAUAUAUAAAUUGCCAAUAGAUUUUUUUACAUGGUUGUAAUUUCAUUGGUAUAGUAUAAAGGAAAUUAUUUUUUAAUGUAAAUUAAACAUUAUUCUGUGUUUCAAAUUGUAAUAAAUAGAUAGUUUGAAACAUGUUUAAUAAACCUAUCGAAACCUUAAAUCUUGUAGAUAUUAUCAGCAUUGUUAAUACUUGUAACAAUAGUAAAUUGUAAUAUAUUUCAUGGUAUGUAUAACGAAUUCUGUGUAUAUUAGAAAUUUUCUAUUUAGGUGCUUCCACAAUGAGUAAUGAACGCAAA